UUCGCAGUCACAUUCACAUUCAGUGAGUUAAGAGGGCAAGAAAAAACCUUGCUAUCAGCUGCUCGAACAACCUUGCCUUGCUGCGUGCACGGGUACCCUUCAUUUCUUGGCAACUCAGGGUCUACCCAAGUAACAACCAUGGCCGCUGUCGCUGGAAAAUUAAUGAACAGCCUCAAGAGCAAAGAAUUUCGUGAAUAUUUGAUGAGCACGCACUUCUGGGGACCAGUUGCCAAUUGGGGUAUACCUCUAGCAGCUAUUGCAGACACGCAGAAAGAUGCCGCAAUGAUCAGUGGAAAAAUGACUCUCGCGCUUUCUUUGUAUUCAAUUAUGUUCAUGAGGUUCGCGUGGCGUGUCCAACCAAGAAACAUGUUGCUCUUCGCUUGUCACUUUACAAAUGAAUGUGCCCAGCUUACGCAAGGAGCACGCUUCAUCAACCACAAUUACCUCGGAAGCAAGGAGGCUGCUGAGCAGACAAAUUAAGUGAAACAAAAUUUAGCUUGUUUUGGAGUUUCAGUUUAAGGUGCAUGCAAGCCAAGAAAACAAAUGUGUCAAUAUAAAAUGGGCAGAAUUGGUAACAGACAGAUCAUCAAGUCAAAAUGUAUUUGAAACAACAGAUUGAGCCAUGAUACUUUGAAAAAAAAAAAAGAUUUUAAUAAUUUUAUGUUGGUUUUGAAGAGAUCUGCACUGCCUGUUGUAAGCCAAAAUGGUUUUUAUCUCGAUUGUAUCCUAAAAUAUUUCCAUGUUCUUUGGUAAGUAAUCCUUGUACAGUAUAUCUAUGUGAUUCUUGAGAAGGUUGUCUAAGUGUUGGUGAGAACUAAGGGAAUAGGCACUAAUUGUGAUUAAAAAGUGUGGGUAAUGUUAUAGUACAAAACGUAAUCACUAAAUUAAUUACAUUAGGAAUAAUAUUGGUAAAUCAAUAGCUCAAAUUUUAUUCGUGUUCUCCUGUUACAGUGAUGCUUAGAUUUUAAAACGGUGUUGUGUUGAAUAAAUUUGCUUUUACUAAGUUA